AUACAGCUGAACUUGGUUUAUUCAGUUUGAGAGUAUCUUUUAAGAGCUGUGAGUCAUGUGAGAUCUUAGCUCCCCCACCGGGGGUCAAAGCCACACCCUCUGCAUUGGAAGCUCUCAGGCCAUUUCUGAGCAACAGAGGUCACAAGUACUCCACUGAACAACCAGUUCUAAAUCCUGUCAUCAAAUCCUGUGUUCCUGUUCCAAAUGGUAAUAGAUGCCUAAUAUUUCCUUUACGUGAAAGAAAUGAGUGUAACUAGUAUUGCAUUAAGAGUUGAAACCUGGCUUUCAGCUACAUGGCAUGUUAAAGUGCCUUUAACGUGGCUAGAAGCUUGUAUUAACUGGAUCCAAGAAGAAAAUGAUAAUGUUAAUUUGAGUCAGGCACAAAUGAAUAAACAAGUGUUUGAGCAGUGGCUCCUUACCGAUCUGAGAGAUUUGGAGCAUCGUCUUUUACCUAGUGGCAUUUUAGAAACUCCAAAAGGAGAACUGAACGGAUUUUUUGCUCUGCAGAUUAAUUCAUUGGUUGAUGUAAGUCAGCCUGCAUAUGCCCAGAUACAAAAGUUGAGAGGAAAGAAUACAACCAAUGACCUAAUUACAGCUGAAACACGAGUAACCCCAAAACCUUGGGAAGCAAAGCCUUCACGAAUGUUGAUGCUACAGCUAACUGAUGGAAUUGUACAAAUACAAGGAAUGGAAUAUCAGUCUAUUCCAGCUCUGCAUAGUGAUCUUCCUCCAGGUACAAAAAUUUUGAUUUAUGGAAAUAUUUCUUUCCGUCUUGGUGUUCUCUUGUUGAAACCAGAAAAUGUGAAAGUGUUGGGAGGAGAAGUCGAUGCUCUUUUAGAGGAAUAUGCCCAAGAAAAAGUUCUUGCAAGAUUAAUUGGGGAACCUGAUCCUAUAGUUUCAGUCACACCAAAUAAUUCUAACCAAAGCAUCCCCAGAAUUAUGGAUGUUCUAGAUCCUGCAUUGGGGCCUUCUGAUGAAGAACUCUUGGCAAGUCUUGAGGAAAAUGAUGAGCUUGCAGCAAGUAAUAAUACCCCUUUGGAAAGAAGUUGUUUCAUAGGUAAUUCCUCAAAUAGUGUUCCCAUCAGACAGUCAGAUUUUGAACCAGAACUUGUUAUUUCUCGAAGGCCAAAGGAGAAACCACGAAACCAAUCUAUGCUUUUUACUGAUGAGGAAUUAGAUGACUUUUCAUUGGAGGAGGCCUUGCUUUUAGAAGAAGCUGUCCAGAAAGAAGAAAUGGAGACCAAAGAAUUACAACUAUUGACUUUGAACAGAGCUACAGAUGAAAGUAUAGAGAAGUUUUCACAUAGAUCUAGUACUCUAAAUAGUUUUUCUUUUAUUUGCAAAAAUGGAAACAAUAAUUGGAGUGAAAAAAAUUUAUCUGAGCAAAUGACUAGUGAAGACAAAUCUCUUAGUUGUCCAUCUACUAGAGACCAAAACAGUAGUAGUCUUUCAGUUAAUCAUAAUGUACCCCUACCCCAUGAUUUUACAAAUAAAGGUAAGAGCUCAGAGACACAUAAAAUAAAACAAAUUAGCAGUUCAGAGGGACAUUCCUUAAAUAAUAAAAUGUUCAAUGGAGAGCUGGUCAGUAAUAUACCAAAAAGGAGUUCAGAUGUUCCUAAUGAAAAUGAGCACCAUUUACAGACUUGUUCUUUACAAUUGUCAGAGAAUAGCACUGGACUUUCUAUCACCAUGGAUUUGUAUUCUCCACCCUUUAUCUAUUUGUCUGUUCUAAUGGCCAGCAAACCAAAGGAGGUUACAACAGUGAAAGUCAAAGCAUUUAUUGUAACCUUAACUGGAAAUCUCUCAAGUUCUGGUGGCAUUUGGAGUGUAAGAGCAAAAAUUUCUGAUGGUACUGCGUAUCUAGAUGUAGACUUUGUAGAUGAAAUACUUACUAGUCUGAUAGGGUUUUCAGUAUCAGAAAUGAAACAGUUGAAAAAGGAUCCUUGUAAAUACCAGAAGUUCCUGGAAGGUUUGCAGAAAUGUCAGAGAGAUCUAAUAGAUUUGUGCUGUCUGAUGACUAUUUCAUUUAAUCCCUCCUUGUCUAAGGCAAUGGUACUGGCAUUACAAGAUGUUAAUAUGGACCACCUUGAGAACCUAAAGAGGAGAUUAAAGAAAUAA